AAACGUCUAUAUCUCGGUCUUGCCAUCGCACACGUGUUUGUGUUCGCACGUUGAUUUCUUGAUUUUUGCGUUAAAUACGAUUGAUACGAUGGCCGACAUUGCUGCUGCCCCCAGUGUCGAGGUAAAGGAGCAGGCUCCUCCUGCCGAUACGCCCGCCGCAGAGCCCGAGACCAAGAAUGGCGAUGCCCAGAAGGAACCGGCUCCGGCCGCCGACGAGGGCACUGACUUCUCGAAGCAGGAGCGCGCCAUAAUCCGUCAGGUGGAGUACUACUUUGGCGAUGCGAAUCUCAACCGGGACAAGUUCCUGCGCGAGCAGAUCGGCAAGAACGAGGACGGCUGGGUACCCCUCUCCGUGCUGAUUACCUUCAAGCGGCUGGCUUCCCUGUCCACCGAUUUCGAGGAGAUUGUGGCGGCCCUGAACAAAUCUGAGGAGGGUCUGAUCCAGAUUAGCGAGGACAAGCAGAGCCUGCGCCGUCACCCAGAGCGUCCCAUUCCCGAGCACAACGAGGAGCGCCGCAAGGAGAUCCAGGAACGCACUGCCUACGCCAAGGGCUUCCCACUGGAGUCGCAGAUGACCGAGUUGUUGGACUUCUUCGCCAGCUACGACAAAGUAGUCAACAUCACGAUGCGCAAGCACUACGACAAGCCCACUAAGUCGUACAAGUUCAAGGGCAGCAUUUUCCUCACCUUCGAGACCAAGGAGCAGGCCACCGACUUCCUUGCGAAGGACAAAGUCGUCUACAAGGAGCGCGAACUGCUGCGCAAGUGGCAGGUGGACUACCUGAAGGAGAAGCAGGAGGAGUACGCCCAGAAGAACGAAAAGCGCAAGAACAAGAAGGAAGCGGCCAAGGCGGAGCCAGCGAUUGAGCUGCCCAAGAACGCCAUUGUUGUCUUCGAGGGAGCCCCAGAGACUGCUACUCGCGAGGAGGUACGCGAGGCCUUUGAGAAAGUGGCUGACUUUGAAAUCGCCUUCAUUGAGUUCAGCAAGGGCGAUACCAAGGGAUCUGUGCGACUGACUGAAGCGGAUGCGGCCGAGAAAUACAUUGCCAAGGUGGAGGAGGGCAAGCUCAAGUUGAACGAUGAUGUGUCUCUCACGCUCCGCAAGGCCACCGAGGAGGAGGAGAAGGAGUUCCUGGACAAGGCCAUCGAGUUCAUGAAGAAGCGACGGGACUUUGUCCGCAACAAGGGCAAGCGUUUCAACAAUCGCAAGCGCCAAGGCGGCGGCGACUACAAGCACAACAGCAAGAAGGGGCGCCGGGAGUAGGCGUGUGGCCAACCCGAGUCCUUUCCCUGGCAGUGGACGCUGCCAAGCUGUUACUCGGUAGAUCUAGUUGACUUAGCAUUAAGCUGUAAUAAUAUGAAACUCGUAUUGCUUUCUUGUAGUUGACGAAUUAAUCGUUUCUCCCAUGAAAUAUGUAUAGUCUGUUACAUAGUGAACGAGAUGUACUUUUAAUUUAUUUAACAUAGAAGACUAUGAAUUCUUUUGUUUCCUUAAAUAAAAAGCCACAAAUAAAAACCAGUUUGUAAAAUCCAA